AACAAACAGGUUAUUUUCACAAACCAAAAACAACGAGAAAAAAAAAAAAAAAAACCAAAUAAACAAACAAUCAAAACCCUAAAUCAUAUGGAUUGAGGGCCAAACUUCAAUCCUCCCAAACACUUCAAUCAGCACGGUCCCCUCCGAGCAUCGCCAUCUCACCGUUGAUCACAAAAAAGUUCUCCCAGAAAUCCAACGGCCACGCAUCUUCGUCCUUCAUCAUCUCCACCCAAAUUUCAAGUUUCCCCUCCUCUGUUCUUUCUACUGUACAUCGUUCUUCUCAAUCAGCAAAAGGUAACCAGAAUUAGAUGUUCCUGUCUCGGAUUCCGCUAUUCCGGUCCUGAAUUAUCUUCUCCUCGAACGGCAAUUAAACACAUGAAUGCUACCAUCAGCUAACUACACUAACGACUUUCUGGCAUUUUUCGCGACGUGAAGAAAAACAUAGAAUUUAGACAAGCUUGUUGAAACAAGUAGUGAUCUUGGAACAGUGGUGGUGGUAAUUUUGGAGUGAAGAAUGGAUAACAUCAGUGGCGGCGAUGCGCCAAUGCAUAUGAGUGAUGAAGUGCAUUUGCAAUACAUGCAAGAACAUGAGCAUCAUCAGGGGUUGCAUCAGAUGAGCAAUGGGAAUGGGGUGGCUGAUGAUCAUGAUGAUGGAAGUGGUGCUGAUACUGGUGGUGCUGAGCUUUCCGAAGUUCAUGUACAGUCUGAGCCCGUGAAUCUCUCUGAUACGCGUAGUGGGAUGGUGGACCAUAGCAGCAAUAAUGGGGACCAGCUCACAUUGUCAUUUCAGGGUCAGGUUUUUGUGUUUGACUCUGUGUCACCCGAGAAGGUUCAAGCUGUGUUGCUACUAUUGGGGGGCCAUGAAGUACCUCCAGGCAUGCCUGCCGUUCCAGUAACCACCCAGCAUGAUAAUAGGGCCCUUACUAGUAUUCCACAACGGUUGAGUGUCCCUCAAAGACUGGCUUCACUUAUUAGAUUCCGUGAAAAACGAAAAGAAAGAAAUUUCGACAAGAAGAUUCGUUAUACUGUUCGCAAAGAGGUGGCACUUAGGAUGCAACGAAAGAAAGGUCAAUUUACAUCUUCUAAGCCCAACAGUGAUGAUUCUGCAUCAGCUAUCACAAGUUGGGGCUCAAAUGAGAACUUGGAUCAGGAUGCUAAUGGAUCCAUUCCUCAAGAGGCUGUAUUUAUUGCCAGCUGUCUACACUGUGGCACCAAUGAGAAGUGUACACCAAUGAUGCGACGUGGACCCGAUGGACCAAGAACCCUUUGCAAUGCAUGUGGACUUAUGUGGGCAAACAAGGGAACUCUCAGGGACCUCUCCAAGGCAGCACCCCAAGCAGUACAAAACCCUUCCACGAGCAGGAAUGAAGAUGCCAAACCCGAUUUAUAAAACAAUUGAAAUUUGGAGGCCAACGGGGUUCUUAGAAUCCCGGAAAGGUAAACGGCAGUGAGAGUCCAUCAAAAAGCGGAGCCUUGUGUUCGAAGUAAGUAUGGAAGUUCUCAUUUAAUCUUCCUUUAGAUGUGUUGAGUCUGUCUCGCGGCACUGCACGAUGUGCCCAUAGGAUUUUCCUGAACGUAAAUUAAACUAUACGUUUUGACAUCAGUCUCAAUCUUCUUGCUCCUUGAUGACAUUGCUUGAACGAAGUAAUUGUCUGUAAAACUGAACUUUUUAUCUGAUGAUCAAACAGCUGUUUUAGUUAAA